UUGUUUUGGUGGCUGAAUGCGACGCCCGACAGCUGCGCUUAUCUACGUUAAAUAACUAAAGCUGAAUAUAAACAUGAUUCACGAGCUGCUGCUGGCGCUGAGCGGCUACCCGGGAACCAUCUUCACCUGGAACAAACGCACCGGUUUACAGGUGUCCCAGGACCUGCCCUUCCUCCAUCCCAGUGAGACCAGUGUCCUCAACCGGCUUUCUAAACUGGGCACAGACUACAUCCGCUUCACAGAGUUCAUAGAGCAACACACGGGCCACGUGCACCCGCAGGAGCACCACGCCAACCAGCCCAGCCAGACGGGGCUUCAUGGGAUCUACCUGCGGGCGUUCUGCACCGGGCUGGACUCCAUCCUGCAGCCCUACAGGCAGGCCCUGCUGGACCUGGAGCAGGAGUUCCUCGGAGAUCCACAUCUGACGAUAUCUCAUGUGAAUUAUAAGCUCGAUCAGUUCCAGUUGCUGUUUCCGUCUGUGAUGGUGGUGGUGGAGUCGAUCAGAUCACAGAAGAUUCACGGCUGUCAGAUCCUGGAGACGGUUUACAAGCACAGCUGUGGAGGACUUCCUCCUGUCCGCAUGGCCCUAGAGAAGAUCCUGGCCGUGUGUCAUGGCGUGAUGUACAAGCAGCUGGCCGCCUGGAUGCUGCACGGCCUGCUGCUGGACCAGAGCGAGGAGUUCUUCGUGAAGCAGGGCCCGAGUGCAGGAGGAGCGGCCGCCAACCAGGAGGAGGAGGAGGAGGACCUGGGGCUGGGGGGCCUGAGCGGGAAGCAGCUCCGGGAGCUGCAGGACCUGAGGCUGGUGGAGGAGGAGAACAUGCUGGCUCCGUCCCUGCAGCAGUUCUCCCUCCGGGCGGAGAUGCUCCCAUUCUACAUCCCCAUCCGGGUGGCGGAGAAGAUCCUCUUCGUGGGAGAGUCGGUCCAGAUGUUCGAGAACGACAACCACAGCCCGUCCAGAGCCGCCUCCAUCCUGAAGCACCAGGAGGACCUGUUUGCUGCGGAGCUGCACCGCCUGAAGCAGCAGCCGCUCUUCAGCCUUGUGGACUUUGAGAACCUGAUCGAUCGCAUCAGGAGCACCGUGGCGGAGCAUCUCUGGACGUUGAUGGUGGAGGAGUCGGACCUGCUGGAGCAGCUGAAGAUCAUUAAGGACUUCUACCUGCUGGGUCGCGGCGAGCUCUACCAGGUGUUCAUCGACCUGGCGCAGCACAUGUUGAAGACGCCGCCCACGGCCGUCAGCGAGCACGACGUGAACGUGGCCUUCCAGCAGGCGGCUCACAAAGUUCUGCUGGACGACGACAAACUGCUGCCUCUGCUGCACCUGACAGUCGACUACCAGGGCAAAGACGGCAAAGAGGCCACGGGCCCCAGAGACGGAGCCACGCCCCCACAGGACGCCUCCCCCCGCGAGGCCCCGCCCACCGGCUGGGCGGUGCUCGGCCUCACCUACAAGGUGCAAUGGCCGCUGCACAUCCUCUUCACGCCGGCCAUCCUGGAGAAGUACAACGUUGUGUUCAGGUACCUGCUGAGCGUGCGGCGUGUGCAGUCUCAGCUGCAGCACUGCUGGGCGCUGCAGAUGCAGAGGAAGCACCUGAAGUCGAACCAGACGGACGCCGUGAAGUGGCGGCUACGCAACCACAUGGCGUUCCUCAUCGACAACCUGCAGUACUACCUGCAGGUGGACGUUCUGGAGUCUCAGUUCUCUCAGCUUCUCCAGCUGAUCAACUCCACCAGAGACUUUGAGAGCGUCCGAUUGGCCCACGACCAUUUCCUCAGCAACCUGCUGGCCCAGUCCUUCAUCCUGCUGAAGCCGGUGUUCCACUGUCUGAACGAGAUCCUGGACCUGUGCCAGACGUUCUGCUCGCUGGUCAGUCAGAGCGUAGCGCCGCUGGACGAGAGGGGAACCGCCCAGCUGGACCUCCUGGUCAACGGCUUCCGGCGCCAGUCCUCGCUGCUCUUCAAGAUCCUGUCCAGCGUGAGGAACCAUCAGAUCAACUCUGAUCUGGCUCAGCUGCUGCUGAGGUUGGACUACAACAAGUACUACACGCAGGCCGGGGGAACCCUGGGCAGUGUUUAAGGAGAACCAGAAGAGCUGCUGGGAACCUCGACGGUGGAACCGCGCUAAUCUGCCCGGAAACAACGGGGAACGUUCCCGUGAUCUGAAACACAGCAACGCUGGAGCCCGGUUUACGUUUUAUUUAAGGAAGAAUUCAACGUGUUUAGAUCUGUUUGCCGAGAGUAAAAGAUUUUAAAGACGUACGCCGCUCUCAUCUGGUUGUUACGAGGUCAAAGGUCAAGCAGGAGGUUUAUGCUAAGCUAACCCGUGCUGUUGAACCUCAUCCGAGUCCCUAAAUGUUGCGCUGUUCCUUUAAGGCAGGAAACAGGAAGUUGAACUUGUUGCUUUACAAACUGUAAAUAUAUAAAUGAGGAAAUAAAACAGAAAUCUGUUAAAAUGAAA